GAUCCUUGCAUACUUCUACCUCAUUUCACCUUUUAGAUUCAAGGACGCCUUAGCUUUUUUUGUCAAAAAUGUAACGAAGUACAUUAAUGAAACCACAAAAAGUGUUGUCUACAGUUUUUGUGUGUAUAUUCAUAGUUUGAGACGAUUAGUUAUGAAGUGCCUCUUUCUUAAGCGAUCGUUCAGCCGUGAAUCGUCGACCCAACUUACGCCUGUUUAAAAAGCAAAUAUUGUAAAGAGCUGAACCUAGGAGUGUGGAAGAGGCCGGUUUUGUUCUUAACAGCAGAAUGUAACUUCCUAGUCUGUUGGUCUGUCUUCUUCGGUCACAAAAUUUCGGAUUUCUCAAGGAUCGGACGCAAAAAUGGACUUUCCCUCUGUUUCUGGCAUAUUUUUAUGCCUUCUGAUCACUUUGCCAGGUGCUUCUGCUCUGGAUGUCGGGUUAGAUGGCAUCAUAGGGGCAACCAUAGCAGCGGGCCUCAUGUUGGUUGCCAUAGUGAUCGUGUCGGCCAUUCUCUGUUACCGGUUGACACCACCAAGUGAACCUGCAAAGCCCCGUCACAGGAAACCGCCACCAAAACCAAAAUAUGACAUGAACGGGAACGCGCCAAAUGGUAUUCCACUGCAAACACGAGUGCCAAAUGGGGUCAUGAGGUCCCCGCAUGGAACACAGAGAAGCAACCUCAGCAGGCAGAUAGGGAGUCAUAGAGGACCCCCCGGUCCCUUAAGGUUUGCCGCUGCCCCACCAGGUCUCUACAGGUCAAUGAUGCCGCCAUAUUUCAUGCAUCCUCCGUAUCAGCAGAUCAUCUACAUUGACGAGUCGGAUGACGAUGAUCGUUCGGUUCGAUCCACAAUGCGAGAACACAAAAAGAGAUACAGAAGAUCAUACUUUUCAGCCAGUAAAGAUGCCUCGUCCAAAGUGGAGAUUAAAAAAAGGUCUAGAAGACCACAUCCAAAACUUCGCGAUUUUCUUCAUUCAAACCCUCCAGGAGAGACUAUGGAGAAGGCCAGAGGUGAAACUAAAUCCAAUUCUUCGAGCUCUCUUUCAAAAGCGAGCAAUAAUUUGGCCCGGUAUGACCAGAAUGAAAAGAAUACAAAACCCAGGAACAUCGAAGAAGAAACAAAGGAAGAACAAAGACGGGAUUCAACUUCUAGUGGGUCGAGUCGUUCUUCUAGUUCGUCAAACUCCUCUAGUUCUAGCUCUAGUUCUUCCUCUAGCUCCACAAAUAAGGAAGGGGAAGUUGAAAGUGCUGAAGAGCAGAUGAAAUUUUCUGAUGAAGAGACAAGUAAAAAGUCUCCUGAAAGAAGAAGAAGAUCGAAAUCUCCCGAGAAGCAGACGACAGAACAGAGGAGAUCUCGGUCCAAAUCUCCCGAAAAUGUUCCAUCUCUGAGACAGUCAGCAAGACGAGAUUUGUCCCCAAGGAUGUCCAAGGAAUCCAAUGACGAAGUCAGACAAAUUGAUGACAUGUUCAGCGGACUGAAUGCUGAACCAACGCCUGGAGACAUCAUAUUUAGAGAUGGCGGUGAAAGUUCAUCGAAGCAGACGACUCCAAGAAAAUCAUAUACAGAGGAGGAAAGAAAUGUGGUGAUGGAAUAUUCCACUACUGAAUAUGCUAAGGUUAUAAAACCAAGCGAACCAGUGGGAGACAUUAGGAGGUCAACGGAAGACGAUACUGCGGCACUCUAUGCUUCUGUCGUCAAACCAACAACUUCCGUUGGAUAUGAUGGAAGUAGAGGAAACCCUCUGCGACAGUCCAUGUCGGACCAGUUGGAAGAUAUUAUUCAAAGCAGACAUGACGGUCAAUCUACAGAAUUUGACAAAAAAUAUGAUGAAGACGAUGAUAGAGAAGUGAGAAAUAUUUCAGAGUAUCCUAGAAAAUCUUACAGUCUUUCUCAGUCAGAGAGACGUGACAUUUCUUCUCGAGGCUUUUCACAAAGCGCUCAGUUGUCAAAAUCGACUAGACCAUAUAGGGACGAUCGAGAUGAUUUCACAUUUGAUCGAGAUUACACGAGAGACCGGCCCGUGACGCCGCCAGUUGAUAUACCCAGUGAACCAGUAACUCCGAGAGAAUCCUUCAACAGACCAGAAAGGUCUUCCGUUUACCCCAAACGCCCCGAAACACCCCCUUUUGAUGCUGUUGAGACGCCUCGUGUUUCAACAACAGAGCGACCUCCUACGCCUCCUUUUGACGCUGAAACUGACAGGUCAACAAAGGAGAAAAAGUCACCGCUCUCCCCACCUACAGAAUCGAGAGGACCUCCAGAUAUGAAGGCAGCAUUUUCAAACCAGGUUCUUCGUGAAUUACAGCAAAGGCAAAGAGGGGCUUCCGUAGACGAUGAUGAUGAUGAUGACCCGAGUAAUUCACGCGCAGUAAACUUCUCAGCAGCGCCACCGGAAAUCAUCCCGCGAUCAGAACCAAAUAGUCCACGGACCUCCAUGAAUAUUCCACAAAGCGGAGCACCCCCACCACCCCCUCCUCCCCCACCCCCACCGCCACCCCCUCCAAUUCCAUAAUAUAAGAUACUUAGUACUUAGAAAAAAGAUAUCUUCAUUCAUAAAAUUUACUGACGUGGAAGAGUAUAGAAAAUGAUGUGUUGUAGAAGUUUUCAAAUGCAUGUGCGGAUAUUCAAGAGACAUGAGACAUGUAUUAGAUGUUGCCAAAUGAAGAAUUUUGAAAGUGCUUAAACUUUGGUCUAGAUUAUUGCAUACAAUGUCUUUUAACAUUUUGUUUACUUCAAUAUUAUUUUAUUGAAUAUUUUUCUUACAGGUAGGAUAUGAUUCUUUUACAUGAUGUUGUGUAUGAAUUAUCAUAAAUUAAUUACAUUCGUAGUUUAAAACUCAAGUACAUACCCGUAAUAUAAAGCUCGCAGAAAUUCUUUUUAAAAUUGGUUUAUUUGUAAUUAUUUUUUUUUAAUUUAAAGAUAAAAAUGUUUUUGUAUGCCUGCUUCUGAGCAAAAAUUGGAAUUUUUAUUCAGUUUACUAAAACUCAAUCAGCAUUUUAAAAGAAUAUUUCUUUAAAAAAAAACUUUUUAAUUUGGAAUGUGAAAAAACAAAUAGAUUUUGUAACUACUAGUAAUUUUCAUUUCUCAUUUUGCCCUAAUUUUCUUUUUAGGAUAAUACUUAAAUAUUAUAUAGAAAUGGUAGAAAUCACCCAGUUUGUUAAAAGGUGCUAUUCCUAUUUUCUUUGAAUUUUUGAUGAUUGUGAAGAGGAAGACACAAAUUUAGUUUUGAUUUAGAAAGAGUUUCAAACAUCAUGUUAGAAAUUAUAUAUAAUAGAAUUUUAAAACCAUUUAUUGUAUUAAAUGAUAGCAGUGUAAAUGCGAGAUUUGUCCUAGUGCUUCUGAUUGGUUAAAUGCUUGCUAAUCAAUUUUUCAUAGAUACGUCUCUUAUAAUUAAUUCAAUUAAUAUUUCUUUUGUGUUUGAAAACAUUUAUUCCCUUAUGGAUUUUUUCCUAUUUAAUCUUUAUUGUUCUUUCUUUUGAACAGAAUUUGGGACCCCAUUUUCUUUACAUUUACAUUGUGUAUACAUAUAUACUACCCCUAAUAUAAUUCGUGUACUCAUAACUUUCCCCAAAUGCCUACGGUCAAUUUUGACUUCCUCCAUUUGUUGCAUACAUGCUUUGUUUUACUGGAAACACUCUCUAUCAAAUUUGGAAUUAUUAUAAGAUAGUUUGCAAAUUUAUAUGGAAUAAUUUCUAAAUUUGGUAGAAGAUAGUAUUUUUACCUUGUCAAAUGAAUUUAUCAUAUUGCGAUUUUAUUCAAUAUUAUACCAUUGUUUAGUAUACCAAAUAUAUAUUUGUACAACUUGUUUCUGUGAUGUAAA